AUGGAGGCGGCUAACGGUCCGUCGCUGCGGUUACGCGGCGGCGUAAAUAAUAACAGUGAUAAUAAGAAACAUGAGAUAAAUUUGUGUACAAGUGCCAUGUCGCCGGAGACACAGCGGCUGUUACCGCCGACCUCCGAAACCAUCAUGACCAAGCCGUUCCCGAUCAGAGGUGAACGAGCCAACUAUGUGAACAUUCCACACGUGAUCGCUAUGGUGGGUCUGCCGGCGCGCGGGAAGACCUACAUCUCCAAGAAGCUGUCCCGAUAUCUCAACUGGAUAGGCAUUAACACCAGGGUGUUCAACCUGGGCGAGUAUAGGCGUCACGCGACCACCGCCUACACGAGCCACGAGUUCUUCCGAGCUGAUAACAAAGAAGCUAUGGCCAUCAGACAGCAGUGUGCGCUGGACGCCCUGCACGACGUCUGCGAGUGGCUGGUCAAGGGCGGGGAGGUGGCCGUGUUUGACGCGACUAACUCGACCAUGGAACGACGUCGUAUGAUCAGAGACAUCGUCGUUCACAAGAUGGGCUUCAAGCUGUUCUUCGUGGAGUCUAUCUGCGACGACCCUCGGAUCAUAGAACAGAAUAUUAUGGAGGUGAAAGUGAGCAGUCCAGAUUAUACGAAUAUCCAGAAUACAGACAACGUCCUCAACGACUUCCUACUGAGAAUAGAACAUUAUAAAGAGAAGUACGAGCCUCUAGACGAGUCAUUGGAGUCUGAAUGUAGCUUCAUGAAGAUAUACGACACCGGGGAGAAGGUCGUGGUGCAUAAACACGAGGGACACAUACAGAGCCGGAUCGUUUAUUAUCUGAUGAACAUACACAUCGUGCCCAGGACUAUUUACUUGACCAGGCACGGCGAGAGUCUCCACAACCUAGAAGGUCGUAUCGGUGGUGACAGUUCUCUGUCUCCCCGCGGCUGUCAGUACGCGGGCGCGCUUGCCACAUACAUCGACCAGCAGAGCAUAGCCGGCCUUAGAGUGUGGACCUCGUGGAUGCAGAGGGCCAUACAGACUGUGAGGGACGUACGAGCUCCUCAAGAGAGGUGGAAGGCGCUUAAUGAGAUAGACGCUGGCAUCUGUGAAGAGAUGACAUACGCGGAGAUACAACAGAAGUAUCCCAAUGACUUCAACGCUCGUGACGCCAACAAGUUCGCGUACCGCUACCCGCGAGGAGAGAGCUAUGAAGACCUUGUGGCGCGCUUGGAACCCGUCAUUAUGGAGCUUGAAAGACAGGGGAACGUACUAGUGGUAUCUCACCAGGCUGUCAUGAGGUGCCUGCUGGCAUACUUCCUGGAUAAAUCAGCCGACGAGCUGCCAUACUUGCAUGUUCCCCUGCACACAGUCAUCAAGUUGACUCCUGUGGCCUACGGUUGUCGUGAGGAACACAUCAAGCUGUCCGUAGACGCGGUCGACACACACAGGCCCAAACCUGCUGUAUGUAUACACACACACACACACACACACACACACACACAGAUAUUCACAUUACUCACACAUGCACAUAUACAACAUUAUACACAUAACCUUUCUGUUAAUCUCAGUUAA